CGAGCCCCGCUUUGCGCCGGGCGCGAGGCUCCCCGGAGCAUGGCCGCAGCCCGGGACGCCCAGACCCGCGCGCCCCUGGAGGCGGACGGCUGCGUCGUCAUGAAGGUGGAGAAGGACCCCGAGUGGGCGGCGGAGCCCCUGGCGCGGGGAUCGGGCGGCGCCGAGUGCGAGACCUUCCGCAGGUGCUUCAGGCAGUUCUCCUACGAGGGUGUGACCGGCCCCCACGAAGCGUUCAGUAAACUCUGGGAACUUUGCUGCCGGUGGUUGAAGCCCGAAACGCGGUCCAAAGAACAGAUGCUUGAGCUGUUGGUGAUUGAACAGUUUCUCACCAUUUUACCCAAGAAGUUCCAGGCCUGGGCCCAGAGACAGUGUCCGGAAAGUGGCGAGGAGGCGGUGGCCCUGGUCGUCCAUCUGGAGAAAGAGACGGAAAGACUGAGACAGCAGGUCAGCAGUCCUGUACACUCGGAGAAGCAAGCCCCACUUGGAACAGUGUGGGAGGUAGCAGAUUUUCAGCCAGAGCAGGUGGAGACCCAGCCCAGGGUCGUGUCUGGGAAGGAAGCUGGAAGCCUCCACUCAGGACACCAGGAACAGCUGCAUCAAAAGCGAGAGCACAGGCCGUUACCCAGGAAUGUUCGGGCUUCUCCUUGGGUUCCUGCCCCUGCUGAUGAAUGGGACACCAUAGAUCAGGAGGUGACAGCCACACACCUUCCUGCUAGGUCCCAGGAGCCAGUGAAAGACGUCCACGUGAUAAGAGGUUUUUCCCACAAAAAGAGCGUGCAUCAGCUCCCUGUUCACAGAGACCUGUACCGGGAAAUCAGGAAGGAGAGCGUUGGGAACACAGCCUCCCCGGGAAAUACAGCGUCUCUGUCUAACAAGAUAGCCCGGUUGGAACAAAGAAAAGAGCCAUGGACCAUAGGCCCACAUUCCUCCAAUAGGAGAAACUUCCUGCGAAGCACCUGUGUCAAGGCAAAGUCAGUUCAUGCUGUCCAGAUCCCUGCGAGGAGUGCCGGAAAGACGUGGAGAGAGCAGCAGCAGUGGGGCGUAGAGGACGAGAAGAUAGCAGGUGUGCACUGGAGCUACGAGGAGACCAAGACUUUCCUUGCAAUUCUCAAGGAGUCUCGCUUUUACGAAACGCUCCAGGCGUGUCCCCGGAACAGCCAGGUCUAUGGAGCUGUGGCUGAGUGGUUGCGGGAGUGUGGCUUCCUCCGCACACCGGAGCAGUGCCGAACCAAGUUCAAAAGCCUUCAGAAAAGCUAUCGGAAAGUGAGAAAUGGCCACAUGCUGGAACCCUGUGCCUUCUUUGAGGACAUGGAUGCUCUGUUGAACCCUGCGGCCCAUGCUUCAUCUACGGACAAGCCAAAGGAGGUGAUCUCUCUCCCCACACUAAAGAGAAGUGGUAGUGCGAAAGAACAGAUCGCUCUGGUGGAGGAAGAAGCUGCAGAAGAAUCUGAUGGUGAUGAAAUGGGCAUUGAAUUUAUCCACAAGCCUGAAAUUCAUGGUGCCCCUGUCUUAUUUCAAAACCUGAGUGGUGUGCACUGGGGCUAUGAAGAAACGAAGACUUUCCUUGAUAUCCUUCAUGAGACUCGGUUUUAUGAAGCACUUCAAGCUUGUCAUCGGAAGAGCAAGUUGUACGGGGCCGUGGCAGAGCAACUUCGAGAGUGUGGCUUCCUCCGAACACCCGAACAAUGCCGAACCAAGUUCAAAAGCCUCCAGAAGAGUUACCGCAAAGUGAAGAAUGGUCACGUGCUAGAGUCCUGUGCAUUCUACAAGGAGAUGGACGCCCUGAUUAACUCCCGGGCGUCAGCCCCUUCCACCAACAGCCCCGAAGAAGUCCCGUCACCCUCAAGUCAAGAAAGAGGGCCUAUUGACGUGGAACCCCAGGCAUCUACAGGCUGGGAACCUGAGAGGAGCUCCCGGGAAGCAGUAAUAGAAGAUUCUGGCAGUGAAAGAAUGAGUGAGGAGGAAGUUGUACAAGAGCAAGAAUUCCAGGGACUUCCGGGUCUUCUGCAAACCCCAAAUGAUUUUAAAAUUGGAAGUAGCCCCAGGGAGGAUCCAACACAGGUAAUAUAUAAGGACACAGAACCACACAGGGCAUUAAUAGAAAAAUCUAAAAGAGUUGUUUCCCAGAAUACUGAUUCUAGCAGAUAUCACAAAAGGGAAUGCCUCUCAGGAAGACAAUGGGAAAACUUUCAAGGCAUUCGACAGGGAAGGCUGAUGCCCCAGCCUAGAGAUCUCGGGAAAGCUGUGAUGCAUCAGAGGCCUUUCAUAGGGAGAAGACCCUACAGAGUUCUCAAAUAUGGAGAGAGCUUCGGAAGGAGUGCUCGUCUUAUGUGCCGGAUGACCCACCCAAAGGAGAACCCUUAUAAGUGUAGUGUCUGCGGGAAGUGCUUUGGUAGAAGCAGGAGCCUGAUCAGACAUCAGAGAAUCCACACAGGGGAAAAGCCUUUCAAAUGUCUGGACUGUGGGAAAAGCUUUAAUGACUCCUCCAAUUUUGGAGCUCACCAGAGAAUCCACACAGGAGAGAAGCCGUACAGAUGUGGGGAGUGUGGAAAAUGCUUCAGUCAAAGCUCUAGUCUCAUUAUCCAUCAGAGAACCCACACUGGCGAGAAACCCUAUCAGUGUGGAGAGUGUGGGAAAAGCUUUACUAACAGUUCUCAUUUUAGUGCUCACCGCAGAGUCCACACUGGAGAGAAUCCCUACAAAUGUGUGGACUGUGAGAAAAGCUUCAAUAACUGCACAAGAUUUCGAGAGCACCGGAGGAUCCACACUGGAGAGAAGCCCUAUGGAUGUGCCCACUGUGGCAAACGUUUCAGUAAGAGUUCCGUUCUCGCCAAACACAGGGAAGUUCAUGCGAGAGAAAAGCUCCUGCCGCACCCCACCUCUCUGUAUUCCCCAGAGAACGCACUGAAGGGGAAGACUGAUGACUUCAGGAAAACAUUUUGAUGAUGGGCCUCGUUAGCCAUCUUAUCCCAGCCCCAUUCUCAAAGGAGUCUUUCCUUAGACCUAAAGUGUGAUUUGAGAUGACAUGAGACUUUUAUCCUGUUCUUACCUCUGCCUCUAACUGGGUCAUCUCUCCCUCUCUGUUUCUCCACUUCUCUGUAGUAGAGUGGAGAAGACACACUGUCUGAGUUCAGAAUGAAGUUCUUUUCAGUAUGUUGAGGUCACUGCUGUUGGAUUCCUAAGUUCAGGAACAUUCAAGAUUUUUUCGAGUGGCUGAGAGGUGCUUUGGAGGAGAUAAAUGCCAAAAGGA